AUGUUGAAGGUAGCAAGGCUUAUAUCACAGCAAAGUCAUAAUGUUCGGGCCCUGGCAACAGCGGUGGGCUACAAGCAAGCCCUAGUCAACAUUCCCCCUACUCAACUUACAGUACUCGAUAAUGGAAUCCGCGUUGCAUCUGAAGAUUCUGGUGCCGCUACUGCUACAGUCGGCCUCUGGAUUGAUGCUGGUUCGAGGUACGAAACUUCCAAAAACAAUGGUGUCGCCCAUUUCUUAGAACACAUGGCUUUUAAAGGAACGAGCAAAAGGUCCCAGACUGACUUAGAAUUACUCGUAGAAAAUAUGGGUGCUCACUUAAACGCAUACACAUCACGAGAGCAAACUGUAUUCUACGCUAAAUGUCUCGCUAAUGACAUACCUGCCGCUGUAGAAAUCCUCGCUGACAUCAUUCAAAACUCAUCACUCGCUGAACCCGAAAUCGAACGAGAACGUGGAGUUAUUCUGCGUGAAAUGCAAGAUGUUGAGAGUAACUUACAAGAGGUUGUAUUCGACCACCUCCAUGCCACAGCAUUUCAAGGUACCCCCUUAGGACAGACCAUUCUUGGACCUACUAAAAAUAUCAAGAAGAUCUCUAAAGCUGAUCUUCAACAGUAUAUCAAAACUCAUUACCAACCAAGCCGUAUAGUACUCUCAGGAGCUGGUGGCAUUGAACAUGGUAAGCUUGUAGACUUGGCUAACAAGCAUUUAGGUGGUUUAAAAAAUACUCACUUGGAUGUACCUGAAAUAGCCCCAUGCAGGUACACUGGUUCUGAAAUUCGUGUCCGAGAUGACUCCAUGCCCCUGGCUCACAUUGCCAUUGCUGUGGAGGGAGCUGGUUGGACUGACGCUGACAACAUACCUCUCAUGGUAGCCAACACUCUUAUUGGAGCUUGGGAUAGGUCACAAGGAGGAGGAAUGAACAAUGCAUCCUACCUUGCUAGGGCUGCAUCUGUUGAGAACCUUUGCCAUAGCUUCCAGUCAUUUAACACUUGUUACAAGGACACAGGUCUCUGGGGUAUCUACUUUGUAGCAGAGCCCAUGCAAAUAGACGAUAUGGUAUACAACAUUCAGAAAGAAUGGAUGAAACUGUGUGUAUCAGUAACUGAAGGAGAAGUAGAAAGGGCAAAGAACCUUCUGAAAACCAACAUGCUGUUACAGUUAGAUGGAACAACACCAGUGUGUGAGGAUAUUGGACGUCAAAUCCUUUGCUACAACCGCCGCAUCCCUAUUCAUGAGCUUGAUGCUCGCAUUGACUCAGUUUCAGUACAAAAUGUCCGUGAUGUGUGCUACAAGUAUCUCUUUGACCGUUGUCCAGCAGUAGCUGCCGUAGGUCCUACUGAAGCACUCCCAGACUACAAUAGAAUCCGUGCUGGCAUGUACUGGGUCAGAGUG